AUGAGCCAUAUUGCUCCAAAGCGAGUUGUCCUCCGAUGUCGCGAACAAUACUUCAGAGAGCACGGGCGAAUGGUUAAGACUUUCCUCGAGUCGCAAAAUCUCCUAGAUAUAGAAGACUACGGGAUACACAUAUGUGGAGAUCCAUCUUCUCCUACCACUCUAUAUCUCGUCCUCGAUCUUUACUGCAGGGAGGUCCCCAUUGUUGAUCUCAGCAACUUAGAACUCCAAGUCUUCAAAGUCUCGAAAAAUAAUACAUUUACUUUUAAAGAUCUUGGUGAGAAUGCUAGCAAGAAGGCUUACGAACGAUCUCUUACACUAGAUUAG